AUGGCCCAGUCCAACCAGAAACUGACUUCACCUCCUCCUGGUUUCCCCUCCUUCAUUUCAUUACCAAAUGGGGACUACCUCUUCUCAACACCCACAGUUAAUUGCUCCACUGGAUGUGCUACUGAUGCAACAACAAAGACCUCUUUGGAUGGUGUGACCACUCCACCGAAGACUUUGGUCUCUGCCUUAAACCCUAAUAACACUUCAGAUGUCGUCAUACAGACCAACUCUAGUACAGGCAAGGAUAAUAACAGUCUGCAACUAAAUGCAAGCACUCAGCCCUUCCUGAACUCAUCAUCCACCAACCACACCACUGUCAGCCACAGAUUGAAUGAGUCUGUAACAUCGGUGAACAAAAAUGAGCAAAUUACAGAAGGAGCCCUUUCUUCCACAUCUUCAGCAUCCAUUGAGCAGCCAUCGUCACAGGAGCAUCUCAAAUCAACAGAGGCAUUUACCCCCACUAGCUUGCCUGCUCAGCGCCUGCAUACUGGAUCCAUUACCAGCACUAGCAGUAUAACAGCACCCACUUCAGAGUCUGUUGAGAAUGUGGUCACUACACCUGUGAAAUCUGCAACCUCAGCACCAGCACCAGCAACUGCAACAACAACAAGAAGAACAACAGUAGCCCCACACUCGGUGACAAUAGCUAACACAAGUGUUGCUGUUACUUCUGUCCAUGGUUCAAACAUGUCUUCAUCGGCUGCCCUGCCACACCCCAGCAUUGAGGUGGCACCGAUUCAGACAUCAUCUUUAACCAAAUCACCAUCUGCUAUAACUGUUGCCAGUACUGAUGCAUUGGCCAAUCAAAAUAAAUCUUUUGCCUCAGCUACGAGGGUCCCUGUGGUAGAAGAGGCGGGGGCUGUUCUGACCAAGCAGCUCGUCGAUACGGCAUCUUUACUGGCUGUCCUGCUCUUUGGCCUGCUUUUCUUCUUGGUCACAGUGGCAGUGUUUGUCAAACAGGCCUACGACAGCUACAAGAGGAAGGACUACACGCAGGUCGACUAUCUGAUAAAUGGCAUGUACUCAGACUCUGGGGUAUGAGACAGGAAGAGGAUAAUUAUAUUUCAUGAAACUUUUUCUUUCUUUGACUCGGAGCAGGAAAAACAAAGCGAACUAAAUGACAGACUAACUGAAUGGUAAGAUGGUGCUGUGAAUUUACAGGAUGGUCCAGUUAGUUCAGCAAGAAAUGGAAAAGGAUUAUUCUGAGUACAGCUCACUGACGAUAAAAUGGUGAUGCACACUGAUCUGUUUUCUAGCAGCUCCUGUUUUUUGUGGGGGGUUAUGUCAAAAUUCAAACCUUAUAGCUUACAUUUGGUUCUGCUAGUGGCCCCUGACAGGAUUGGAAUCGAUUAGAUGUUGUUGGUCAGUCUGUUGGCUGGCUCAGUUGGGACGUUUCCAAAGCUCAGCAGAUGACCUCUUCAUCAGUUAAUUUACUGCUGGUAAGAAAUGUCGAGAUUAUCUAAAAGUAGAGUUGAAAAAAAAUUAAACUAGCAAAUAAUUUAUUGUAUUUUUUUUUUUAUUUUGUAAACAUUUUUUUCCUAAGUGACAUCUAUAUAAGGACCAAAUCAGAAUGUUAUGCCCAAUGAUUCAUUUCCUUGUGAUUACCUUGAUGCUUAUUUUAUUUUUGAAUAAGUCAAUUGACAUACAUCUCAGUGCCAAAUAGGGUGUGUAACUGACAAAGAAUAGCUCUGCACUUAAGGCAUUUAAAAUAUGUCACAUUGCAAAUUCUUUUUAAUGUGGUUUAAUUGGCCACAGUGAUAAUUCAGUUAUUCAGUGCUUCAUGCAGCAGUGCACAAAACAGUUUCUGCUUGACAAGUUUUGAAGCUAUUUUAAUUCAGGAAUGACUGUUUUAGACAGUAUUUGUUUACAUUUUUGGAAUUUGGUGUUGCUGAUUUGAUAACAACAAUAAUAAUUACUGUUAUUAUUAUUAUAUUUGCUCUUUACAAUUAGAUAUAUAACCUUGAUAGUGAAGAAACCUUCAUCAGAUCUCAGUCACGUUUUGUAACCUUCCCAUUCCAGCCCCUGUACACAGUGUUGCACUGUUUACUGCAAAGUAGAUUAUUUGUUUUGUUAUUAAUCCUCUACAGAAAAAUGGGGUAAAAAUGAAUCACACAUAGAUCUAAGUGUAUAAAAUCACUCUUGCAACAUUUGACAGCAAUCUAAUGUGACGUUGUAGCUAAAAUUUGCCAUAUUGCUGUGGUGGCAUUAUAUUUCUCGGCCCUUCCCAUCUUUAAGAUAUCACAUUUUCCACAUUUUUAACUACAGCUGGCAUUGAAUGAUGCACACUUGUUGUAAUUUCCAACCACAAAGCUAGACUCAGACUCACUGUUGAAACUUUUCUAAAGUCCUCACAGUUAUAGGUGUGAGACACCUGGGUCUGUUGUAGUAUCAGUCUGUUGUAAUCUUGGCCAUCAUUUCUAUAAAAGAGAAAGAAGUAGCUGUUAGCACACUGCAGAUUCCUCAUUUAUUACAUCUAGGGACAUUUCAAGCACACCUGCUUUUCAUCAGACAGCGACACACCAGGCAGUGUCAUCUGAAAUCAGCUGUGAACAGUCACGUGACCACGGCAAAUUGCAAAAGCUUCCAGUCAACAACCUUGUACAGGACAAAGAAUUGAUAAGUGAAUAAUUUGCUGAAUAAAACCAGCAGAUUAGAGAGAGAGAUUAUUAAAUCCCAGCUGUGCGUACUUUGAGUUUGACCUCAUGUGAAGUCGAUUAAAUAGUCUGGAUACACUUCUGGCUUGUUUAUAGUCUAGUGAUGGAAAUGGUCAGUAAAGCAUCAUUUUAGUUUUCAUAAAAGAUGGCAAAGCUAAAAAUCAACUUAUGUAUAAACCAGGAUCUGAUCAGCACAGACGGGUGAACUUGAACCAGCCUCUCUCAAACUUAAUUCAAGGUAAAUGAAUAUGUGGAAAACUUAACUCUAUAGAAGUGUUGAUGUUUUCUCAGAAAGACAAAAAUUCUGCACAGGUGCUGCUGCCAGCUAAUUACACUGCAAGAUGUGUUUCCAUUGCUCUGGUUAAGUUUCCAUCAGAUGUGGCCGCGUGUGUUGAAGCCUGAUGUUGGUGGAUCAGGGCCAGAGUGCACACUGUGGUGUCUGCUUUAGCUAACAGGCCAGAGAGAGACCACAGAGACAUUUAAGUCAUCAAGCUGAGGAUUUUCCACCCACUGUCACUCUGUUAAUGUCAGUUCGCUUGUUCUGUUGUGUGAAAAUUAUAUGCAGCACAGGCCGCGCUCACAGAGCCUGUUUGGCUGGCAGCUCUUCCACUUGAAGGUCAGACAGACACACUAACACCGCUUCAUCUUAAAACACACAGCUCCUGCUAUGUUUACAGCUAGCAUUAAAACUACUCUGCCCUCUGAGGAGGAUUAAAUCUGAGAUUUUUGGAAACUAGCCAGGUUGGUUUGAAAAGUUGAGGAUUGUGCAGGAUUGCAGGCUGUGACAGUUAGAGGGUCGUAUCCGUCACUGCUGACUAUCAGCAGCACAUUCAUCAUGAAUAACAAAUUGCAGGUGUUGCUGCCCUUGUAUAGCAGCUAAACUCUGCAUGUGGUUGUUCUGUCACGUUAUAAAGAAAUGACAUUGGUGUGGUAGGUGUGAACUGAACUCCUUGAAUUCACGUGCAGUUAUGGUAUUAGAAUCAUUUUGGAGGUUAAACAAAAAUUUCUAACAUUUCAGAUCAAACAGAAGCACAGUUCGAUCAUAGUCCUGACAUGGUCCACACUGCAGAUUGGAUUGAGGUUUGGUUGAGAAACCUGUCAUUGUAGCCUCCUUGGGGAACUGAAUGUGUCUAGCUGCAUGAAAUGACUAUGAUAAACGCCUAUGUUUGACACAUCAGUUCAUUUUAUUAGUUUAAAGGCAAAUUCUGCCUUUUUUCCAUAUGCUACAGUCGUUACAAAACACAACAUUGCAGUUUGUGAGAAACGGCCGUUUUGCUCAUACAUUAGGUUGUCCAAGAUGUUCUUAACUUAGCAGGUAACUCCCACUAUGGAUAAACCUACUAGACUAUUGUAGCUGUUGCACGAGUUCAGCUAAAGCAGGGUUGUGGUUGAGUUAUCAUUUUGUCUCAGUAAAAAUGAUUUGAUUUGACGGAUGAUGCAGCUCAUCGUGGAACUCAGCGAUGCAUUUAAUAUCAAGUCUUUUGAAGUGAUGUUAGGGUUGAAGCAUUACUGUUUGUAUUAUUAAUGUCAUAUGAGUGUUGCUGUAACGCCAACCCUUAGUCUGAUUGUUCAUUUUAUGUAAGUCACAGAUUAUAAAUCUAGGUCAUCUCCAGCACGGCAUUUCAUAUUUUUGAUCAUCUGUAGGCUAUUCAAACAUUUUUUUGUUGGAUAAUUUCAGGUUUUAUUAUUAUUUCAUUAUUAUUUUCAUGGCAGUUCCACAAACAACAUUCUCUUUUUAAAGAAAUCUGUAUGAAUUCUCCUUCACACUUUCCCUGGGAUCAUGAUGUUUUCCACAGAGGUCAGUGAAUAACAACCAGAAAAGUUAAAGGAUUUAUUUUUUUCAACUAUUGGACUGCAAGCCAUUAAUGGCAGAUUUUAUGUUAAACAAACCUCACUGUGCUAAAUACUCAGAUUUUCCAAAUGUUAGAGGGUUCCUUUAAAAGUAUUCAAAGUUCUUUUCCAUGACAUUUCAUUAGCUUUCAUUGCUACAGACGACAUUUCAGCAGUGUUCCUUUUAGGGCUGUGCGAUAUGACCAAAAUCUCAUAUCCCGAUAUUAAGACAUCUAUCGUCGAUAUAACGAUAUAAAUUACAAAAAUGUAACAUUUCCUGUAAAUUCUGUGAAUCUCGGGCAGCUCGACUUGCGUGAAGUGUUUCCAGCUGGGCGUCGCGUACCUGGAGUCGAGUGUUUUAGCUGAUGCAUGAAACUACACAUUUUUAGACAUAAGUUGUAACGGCCGCCGUUUUCUUUGUGAGUAUUUAUUACACAGCGUGCUGCGGAGAAAAGCCUGUUCUAACGUUUGAGUCUAAGGUUUAUUUUUUAGCACCUGACGGCUCUUUUUUGCUUCUCAUCCCUUGAUACGCUGCAUCUUUCACGUGACUCAUUUUAUUUUGAAAAGCCUCAACAGGAUCUUGAGCUUUAUUGUGAAAGGUUUAUGUGGAAAAUAAACAAGCGGACACGACGUGGUUUUACCGUCGUUGUUGCUAACGAAAACGCAUAAAAAACAAGCGCUUGUCCGUCCGUAAUGUGGUUAUAUUAAAUAUAAGAGAAAGAGAGAACUUUAAGAAAUUAAUAUAGCCGCUACAGUGACCAUCAAAAUGAUGAAAAAAUAUUGCUGUUAACAGUUUAUUUUGCGACACCACGAAACAAACGAUAGCGUAAAAUGAAACGAUAGACGUUUUUAUAUCGUCAUCCGAUAUAUAUCGUUAUAUCGAACAGCCCUAGUUCCUUUGCACAUGUCUUCCAGUGAAUCACAGGAACAAGGCCAUACUUAAUUGUUUAUUUCUAUAUUUUUUUAGAUUCUCACAGUGAAUGUAUUCUUUUUAAAGAUAUUGAGUAUAUAUUGUCUUAUUAAUGCAUUGUGUCUUAGCCUGUUCAUGUAACUGCUAUGUUUAGUCCAGUCUUCUUCUGGCUUACCUCACUGUGCUCUUUCCCCUGCCUUUGUAAGAAGCAACUUGAAUGUUAAGCCAUUUAUUCAGUCAUUUUCAUUACAUUUCAACAUUCCUUCAAACGUGCACAUUGCAUUCAGCAAAGAGCAAACGUUUUACACUAUUUCCCAUAAAGAGAGAAAGCAGCAGAUGUUUCAUAAAGAAUGAGAUGGUGUAGCUCAUGAAAAACAUUCCUUCUACAACGAUAAGUAAAAGCUGUGUCACAUGAGGCUGGUCUCUUUCUAUUACAGAAACUUUGGAGAUCAGGUGCAUUUCCAUUUUACCAUAGAAGCUACUUAUUGUCUUGGUUUUAGACUGAUUUCAUCCUCCGGUCCUUUGCCAAAUGAUUCUCAGUGAUUUAGCCGUGCGCUACAAACAAAGGUGGUCCUUGAAGUCAGUAUCCAUUGCCAUGCACUGAAUUACUUUUGCCUUUUCUUGAGCACAUUGUAUUUGGUGUAUUCUUCCAAUAGAGUACACAGCUGAUGGAACUUCACCAAAUAAUCACUGAAGCACAUCUUUGUGUGAUAAAGCCAAGGGAAACAUAAAGCCAUGAUCAGUUAGUGACUGAAUGAGAGGGAACUUGAACUGUUCCACAACAGCAAGGUGACCUUUCUGGGUUCAUCUGAAACCUACACAGAUUUCAAAUGAAAAUGUAACGUUUGAGAUGUUGUAUUUCUGCUGUAAAUGCAUUCAACCCUACCUGCCGCUGCUCGCAUUCUUCUUUGAGCGGAGACCACUCUCUUGUCUUGUGGCAAUGCACUGAUUGGGUCACAAGACCUCGAGGGGAUCAGUAUGGCAGGCUGUUAUCUUUGUUUUUCUCAAACAGCCUUGUUUUUCUUUUUUAUGAUAAUGUCUUUAUCACAUUGGUCUCACUUGGUUUUGAAUUUAUUUCCAUAUAUGUUUUUGUUAAUCAUAAGAACCGAAGGUACAAUAAAAAAAAAAAAAAAAAAAACUGUGAAAGUUUGUGAUGUGUAAAUCUCAAAGCAGUUCUUAACUGCCUGCUCUGUGAUUUCUCCUCAUCAAAUGAUAGCUGAUGCUUUUGAGACUGUUUCAGACGAUGACAAUCCUCUUUUGUUCUCCUCUUCGAUUGUCUAGUUAAUUCAGAAAGCUUCCAGUACCUAAAAUCUUGUUCCUUGCUUAAAGAUACUGGAAAAAUACACAAAUGGCAAUACCCCGGCAUAGGAUGCAGGAAAAUCACUUAGCUCAACUGUAGAGUUUGCUGAGAGAAAUGGUUUUUUUCCCCCAUGAAAGGAGAGUUUGUAUAAACGACUAUUUCUGCGUGGUUUAAAAAACAGCCUCAGAUUUUCUCAAAAUUUAAUCUUUCCUCAUUUUGUUUUCUGUUUUAUUAAACAGAUUUCUGUUUGGGUUGUCGUUUCUUCCUUUUUUUCUGAGAAAUUAGGAAAAUAAUCACAUUAUCCAAAGUUUGUUUAUUUUUAUUUUUUAAUUAAAUGGCAAAAAUGACAACUUGUUAGUUCUAACCAUGACCUCUCUAGGCUUCUGUAUGUGUUUGGCAUACUUUGCUUUGUUUCUUUUUCCUCUCAUGGACAAAAAAACCCCCAAAAUAUCUUUUUGUUAUCAGUAUCACCCAAAUUGCGACUUCAUGAAAACAUUUUGUAGUGUUUAUUUGAGGUGUAUUUCCUUUUUUCUGAGGUCUGUUUGAAACAACAUGAUCUAUAGCUGUUAGUAAGAGUGUCUGCAAUGAGGACAUAAAUGUCUUUUAUGGCAGUCAGAAUGUAGUUCAUACUGUAUCAGAUUGUCUUGGAUUGUGUCGUCGUGUCCAUUAAGCAAGUGGAUUUUCCCCCCCAAGUGAAGAUGGUUUACUGAUGUCAGUAAUUUCAUAGUUUUUGCAUAGAUCCUGGAACCAGUGUGGACUGUGUUAAAGGUAAACUUGUGUUUGUGGUGACUGAUGUGCAGGAUGUCAUGACACCUGCCCUGUGCCAACCUGAUGUUCUAAUGCACUUUGAACAGAGAUUUUUACUUUGCAGAAAAUAAAUGAAAAAAGAACCGAA